CCCGGCGCGGAGGGCGCCGCGAGGCUGCAACCCGAGGCGGGCGCGCAGGAGGACACGACCCCUCCCGGGCUGCGGAGGAGGCAUGAACGGCGGCGGCGGCGCCUCGUAGGCGAGCGGCUCUUUCCCGGGCGUCGCGCCACCGCUGCUGGGGCCGGAUCCCUCAUCCUCCCCUUCGCUCGCCUUGGAGAGGAGCCGCCCGAGAGGUGGGCAGGAGCACGGAACGUGCAAUGGCCUUGGCAGAUAACGCAGGCUGUGCCAAACCCAGCGAUGACUUGGUUUUUCCAGAGAUCGUAGAGCUGAACGUGGGCGGGCAGGUGUACAUCACUCGCCACAACACUCUGGUCAGCGUUCCUGGCUCCUUGCUCUGGGAAAUGUUUACUCAGAAGACCGCCCAGUCCUUAGCUCGGGACAGCAAAGGCAGGUUCUUCGUGGACAGGGACGGCUUCUUGUUCCGCUAUAUCUUGGACUAUAUGAGGGACCAGCAGCUCGUGCUUCCUGAACACUUUCCGGAGCGAGGCCGUUUGCAGCGAGAAGCAGAGUACUUCAAGCUGCCUGAACUGGUGAAGACGCUGGCCCCAAAGAUUAGCAAGCAGAACUCCUUUGGGGACGAGCCCUGCCAGAGUGACUCAGAGGAGCUAUCGCCCAGCGUGGACACGGCCCGUAACCUGGCUGCGGUCAGCAUGGCUUUGGCUGGCGCCCCUGCAGCAUCCAACAUGGCCGGCGCCGGACAAGAUAUCCGGAGGUCAGGCUUCAUCACCAUCGGCUACCGGGGCUCAUACACCCUGGGCAGAGACAGCCAAACCGAUGCCAAAUUUCGCCGGGUGGCAAGGAUCAUGGUGUGCGGUAAGACCUCCCUCGCCAAGGAAGUCUUUGGGGAGACCUUGAACGAGAGCAGGGACCCUGACCGGCCACCGGAACGCUACACCUCCAGGUACUACCUCAAAUUCACCUUCCUGGAGCAGGCCUUUGACAAACUGGCCGACGCCGGGUUCCACAUGGUGGCUUGCAACUCCACCGGGACCUGCGCCUUUGCCCACGAACAGACGGACGACAAGAUCUGGACCUCUUACACCGAAUAUGUUUUCUACCGUGAGUGACGCUUAAACCAAAACCAAACCAAAAUGCACCAAAAGCCAGUUCUCCCUUGAUCCUCCCUUGUGCUGCUGUUCUCUUUAGAACGUAGACGCCGUCCGUCCCUCGAACCUCAAGCCUCCUCUCUCUCCUCCCUCCUUUUCCAAACUGAUCCCUCUCCGCCUCUUUCCGGUGCCGGCUCCCGAGUCACGCCAACCCUUCUUCCCGAGAGCGGCUCGCAGCUUUCCCUGGAACACAGACUUGGACACUGUUGGGGGGUGGGGUGGGGGUGGGGUGGGGGAAGCUUAUGCCUCUGUAUCUGGGGAGGGCUACUCUGCCAGUAUUAACCAGAUAUGCAACCUUAUGCGGCGUUCAGAUGGGCUGAGAUCUCAUUCCACGCUACAGGCUGCUUCUUGCUGAUUGCGCUGCCUGGGCAGGAGGAAUUUGCUUAUAGCGGCGCUAAAGGAGUCUGGUGGGCCGGAUCCUGGUCUGACGAAAAGGGCCAAGAGAACUGUCUUGCUGCAGACAUAUUAGCAAUAGCCUCUGUAAGCAGCUUAGUGCUUCGACCGCCAGUGCUUUCGAGAGGCGAGUGACUGAGCACAGUGUCUCUUAUCACUGGGCGCCCCCCACCCCACCGCCACAACACAAAACUGAAUUCAACACAUUUCCAUCGCUUGGAGCGAUGAACUAGAUGUAGGGCAGAGACCUGGACCAGUGGUGUCUGACUGUAGAGGGCAGUUUAUGUUUGGAAAUGGUAAAACGCCCCGAGAGAGUUAUUCCAAGAGGUGUUUCAUAAAGUAAAAUACAUCAGUAGAUGUGUAGGUUGGGUGGAUAGGGUGUCGCUCCUGCUUUACCUGUAGGAGAACCCAACCAGAUGCCUAGAAGGGAAGUUCAGACAUGAAGGCUGCUCCCCAGUUGGCAUUCAGGGACAGAGUUGCUUCUGGAAUACAGACGUUCCAUAGAUCCAUCAUGGCUAAUGGGGUCCCAGAUCUAGUAGAACAUCUAGCUUGGUUGUCAGAGGCCAUCUUUGCUUUCAGUUGUAAGAGGGGUGUUUUGGGUGUGCACCGAUGUACCCUCACAGCUCUGUAGAUGCACCUGGGGUGGGCUAGGGUGGGCUGGG